AAGAUACCUCUGUUUCUCUGUGUUACUCACACUCCUCUUAACCGAACAUAACGCUUGCUAUCUCCAUCCUGUGACAUACAUCUAGUCUUCUGCUUCUGUGGUACAGGUUCACUGCAGUGUAAAGAUGUGUUCCAUCUGCAGCUCAAAAUACCUGCGUGUGGUCAUGAUUCUUCUGGCAUUAGUGAGCACGCUGGCCAAUCUGCUCCUACUUUUCCCUGGACUCACUCAUAAAUACCUGUUUGAAAAUCAUAUCACUCCAGAGGCCAUUUGGUGCACAGGAAUAUGGGCUUCUGGAUUUGUUGUGUUUGUGGCUAUUCGUGGCUUCCCAUCAAAUGAUACAAAAAAAGGAUGCUGUCAGUUCAGAGCAAAUAUGCUGUGCCGGAUAGUGUAUGCAUGUGUGGCUUUGGUUUUUGCCGGCAUCUGUUUCCGAUUCAACAGUACUGGACUAACAAAAGGACCCCUGUGUCUGCACAACGGAACUGAGGGUCUACAGUGGGACAGACCUCUGAGACGUAUAAAUCUGAAGGAAAAAAGUUACCUCUAUGAGCCAGAGAGAUGGGCCUCUGCCUGUGCGGAGCCUCGUGAUGUUGUGGUGUGGAACAUUGUUCUCUUCUCUACUGUCAUGGCUGUCAAUGUACUUCAGGCUUUAUUCUGUAUUGGGCAGAUCCUCAGUGCUAUACAUGGCAUGAUAUUUGGACCUGGAAAGAACAAGGUUGUCCAUGCUUAAAGAACCCAAAUGACUGUUAAUCCCUGAAGCAGAUUGUAUGCACCUUCACCUUUCUAUGGCUAAAGAGCCUACACAGUUAUGGUGUAUGGUGCAGUGUUUUUCGGAGAGAUGCAGCAAUUCUUAGGUGGGUCAGUCCUAUUCCCUCUGUUGAAGAAGAGCUCAACUUUCCUAUGUAUAUCUUUGAUUUUGGAAUUUUCAGCAAGUAAGUUCAAUUGUUUCAAUACUUCAGUGUUGAUGAAAUAUAGUUGCACAUUUGCAGGAAAAUGAAAAGAACAGAAAGCUUAAAAUUCUUCAUCACAAGCAAACCCAGUUUUAUUGCUUUACUAGCUGAAAAUGGUUUAAGCCAGACUUUAAGAUUUACUCUUAAAAUACACUAGAGGUCGCUCUAGCUGCGCUUUAUCUGUUUUCAGUCUGCACAAGGUUGGAGAAAGCAGAAAUCUGAAAAUAGAAAUCUAUGUGUAGGUGAUGUAUAAUGUUAUAAAAGUGUAUGUAUAGGUUAUGUAUAUUUACAUUUUAAUGCAAAUCAUUUAAUUAUGGUGUACUUUUCUAUUUUGCUGUGAUUUUGAAUUAUUUAUGAUCAUAUUAUUUAGAUGUACAGUAUAUUAAGAUAUUGUGGUACUA